AGGCGCGGCCCGUGAUUGGCUGGUUGUCGGGUGCCGCGUGAGAGCGCCGUCGCAGAGCCGCCUGGUGGAGAGGGGGCUGUAGCCUCCGGUCUUCCUUCUCCGGCUUCUGGGCUCGCCUCACUGAGGCGGCGGCGGCGGCGAAAGCGAGAAUGAGACGGCGCUGAUGUGGCCGUCGCUGCGGCCUCCUGCAGCCCCGCUCGGGCCCAGCCCAGGCGGCGCCGGCAGUAGUCCCGCGCCAGCAUGGGCAACACCGUCACCUGCUGCGUGUCUCCCGGUGCCAGCCCGAAGCUCGGCCGGGCGCGCGGGUCUGCUUUGGGGGCCGGCGGCGGUGGGCGAGCGGGGGCCGGGCCCGCGGCGACGGGGCUAGAGCGGAGGGCCGGUGCUUAUCGGGAGAUCGCCGAGGCGGACUCGGGAGACUCGGAUCCCGGCGGAGGGGGCCCUCACCUGCAGCACAUCAGCGACCGCGAGUUCCCGGAUGAUUUAGCAUUGGAGUCAAACCCAUCUGACCAUCCUAGAGCAAGCACAAUUUUCUUGAGCAAAUCCCAAACAGAUGUGAGAGAGAAGAGAAAGAGCAACCACAUUAACCAUGUUUCCCCGGGGCAGCUUACAAAAAAGUAUAGUUCAUGUUCAACUAUAUUUAUAGAUGACAGCACCGUCAGCCAACCUAAUCUUAGGAGCACAAUAAAAUGUGUUACUUUAGCAAUAUACUAUCACAUAAAGAACAGGGAUUCAGAUAGAUCACUGGAUAUUUUUGAUGAAAAAUCACAUCCACUCACGCGAGAAGAGGUUCCAGAAGACUACUGUAAGCAUGAUCCUGAUCACAAGCACAUUUAUCGCUUUGUACGUACCCUUUUUAGUGCAGCACAGCUGACAGCUGAAUGUGCAAUAGUGACUCUGGUUUACUUAGAAAGACUCUUGACCUAUGCAGAGAUUGACAUCUGUCCAAGUAACUGGAAGAGGAUAGUCCUAGGUGCUAUACUGCUGGCUUCUAAAGUGUGGGAUGAUCAAGCUGUAUGGAAUGUGGAUUACUGCCAAAUCCUGAAGGAUAUUACAGUGGAAGACAUGAAUGAGAUGGAAAGACACUUUUUGGAGCUGCUGCAGUUCAAUAUCAAUGUUCCUGCCAGUGUUUAUGCCAAAUACUACUUUGACCUACGCUCCUUAGCAGAUGACAACAACCUGUGCUUUCUGCUGGAGCCCCUUAGUAAAGAGCGAGCACAGAAAUUAGAGGCGAUCUCCCGGCUGUGUGAGGACAAAUACAAAGACUUGUCAAAGGCUGCUAUGAGACGGUCCUUCAGUGCUGAUAACCUAGUUGGCAUUCACCGUUCUAAUGCCAUCCUCUCUUGAUCAAGAAGGAAAGCUACAACACUGGCACCAGCAUCCUUACAAGUGGAAUAACACCUUCCCUCCAAGUUCACCAGUCAACAGUGAUUGUGUCUUUCACAUGGAGGACAGGGUGAGCAAAUAAACCAAGGAAGUUCAGAGCCGGAGGAGGAGUUUAAUUCCACAGGGAAGAAAAGAUGGAACUUUGUCAAAGGGGCACAUUCCCUUCAAAAUCCAGAGGUGCAGAAACUUUUAAUUGGUCUUUUUUCCCUUUUCUCCUCACUAAUCUCCUCUAUCCACAGAUGUUUGCUUACUAUGUAGGCCUAUAGCUGUGAACUCUCUGCAUUUUAAAUAAUGACUAGUUUUAAAACUUAGACUUUGAACAUUAACAAAAUAGUCACGAUGUUCUUUCCUCUUCAGUAAUCCAGGACCCAACUGCAGUUGCCUUUCCAAGUCAGUGCAACAACCUUCAUGCUAAUACGGCGAAACGUCAUUCUGGAACUGAUGCCGUGGCAUUAGCAAGCAAAGAUUUCUCUCCCCUGUCCUCCUUCAGUAUGCACACUUCAAACUUCCCUAGUUAUUGGUACACUGGUGGUCAAUUUGGGACAAGGAGUUGCUGAGUAGUAUAUGCUAAGGGUAAACAAAAUCUCUUCAUUUGAGAUUGUCGCGGCAAAAGGAAAUGUUAGGGAGAGGAGCAAAGGAGUGAAGAUCUGUAUUUGCUAGUAAGUAAACUAGUGGUUCAGGGUCUAUUUCUUGUCAGUUUUGGUGCAUCUUAUGUGCUCCUAGUUAAGUUGUGGAAGAGACAGAAUUGAUAAUACACUUUCUUUUCUUGAAGGCUGAAUAGAAUUGCCCUGAAAUCCCUAACAAAUGUGUUGACUUGGUGAUGAGCUACUCAGCUAAAUUCUUCCACUACAAACAGUAAAUAUAUAACUGCUUUUAUUAUAUGCUUCCAACUAGCUUUAAAUUCCACUGUCACACUCUGAUCCUGAUGAGGGAGAUACGGUUGUUCUCAAUUCAUAAAAUGGAUUAUUUUUCCUUAGAAACCUAGCAUUUAAUUAUCUUUAUUCUGAAGUAAAAUUAUAUUGGCUUUUCCUACAUACUAAAUUUGCUCUUUAAAAACAGAAAUUCAAAAUAAAUAAAAUUGUUCUUUUUAAGAACAGAAGACAUAUUCUCAAUUACAGGCCUUCACAGUUCUGGGUCACAAUAUCUAAGUGGUUUGUACUUUAAAACAUCCCACUGGACAGUGCUUCUUACAGUUUUGACUCUUUUUGUCUAUUUAAUUAUGAACCAAGCUUGCUUCUUGAGUGUUCAGCAGCACUCAAAUUGUUAGUCUCAUUACAGUAUUUUAAUCUACCAGCCCGUCUGUGGCAUCAGGUAUUGAUUAUAAUUCAAUUUUGAAACAAAUGCUACAUCUUCAGGUGGCUUUCCUUUGUCAUGUUUGUAUUAAAAAAAAGAAGCUAAUAAUAAACUCUAUUUUAAUUAA